AUGGGUUGUUGUGCGAGCAAUCUGAAACUGAAGGAGCUGAACCUCAACAGCAGUAUCUAUUUGGCAGCUGGAGGAUCGGGAAGUCGCUCCUUGAAGCGGUUGUAUAGCAGCCGGAACAGCAGCGGAGUGGGCAGCAGCUCAUCCUCGUCGAAGAACUCCUCCAGCCGCAGCAUUUGGAGCCGAUCAAGCCAGCCUAUCUGCGAUGACUUUGCCGAGCAGCCCCAGCUGGACAAGUCCUGUGGCUACUACACCUGCAGCAGUGCCAACUCGUCGCCCAGGAAGCACCAGGAGGAUGGCGAUGAGGAGGAGGAGGAGGAGGAAGAGGUACUGAUGCGCACCCAGGACAUGAGCGAGGCCUCCCAGUCCCGCGAAUCCAUGGAAUCCCCUCCGAUGGUCGGCAAUCUGGAGUGGGAGAUGUACAUGAUGCAGCAGGCGCAGCGCAUCAUGCCCAAGACCUCGUCGCCCAUCAGCCAGAGGAGGGGCAAUGGCCACAUUCCGGCCUCGUCCUACCAGAAGUGGCGGAACUAUCUGCAAUCCACGCCCGCACACAUGCUGCACAACGUCACCCACAUCCCGGAGGCCAUUGCCGGCCACUUUUGCCCCACUGGCUUCCCGGGCUUCAGCGAUCUCGAGGAAAUGGAGAGCGCGGCCAAGCGGUUCAAGGUGGAUCUGGCGGAAGAGCCACUGGAGGAGCCGCUGUACACCACCUACCAGCUGCUGGCUGGCCACACGCACACCAUAUCCACAGAUCUGUGA